AAUUUUUAAUAGAUCUAAGUUUGAUUUUUGAUGGCAAUGCAAACUGCAAGCUAACAUAUGAUAUACCCCAGCUCAGUUGUGAGGAAUAAAUAACUGCAAAAGUGAAUUGGGGAAGAAAGAAGAAAGAAAAAAAGAGUUUAUUUAUAUGUUAAUUGCGGUGUGAUAAUUUAAAGCUAUUCGGAUCAGAGACCGACCCAAUUCACGCCACUACGAUGGCCGGCGGUAACAAAUCUUCAUCCUCCCACCGCAAAACCCGAUGGGAGUCUAACUCCUCCGUCAUCACCAUCAACACCACCAAAUCUCCUCCCGAUCCCAAAUCCAAAUCCAAACCCAACACCAAUAUUCCUAAACCUAACCCUAAUCCAAGCCCCAAACUCCCAAACGAUCACCCUGCCCUAAUCCCCUUUCAAUUCCCGGAGCCCGGUCCACCUCCUCCACCGGCCUACGGCUUCCACAUGCUCGAACGUCGAACUAUUAUCCUCGCCGAUGGUAGCGUCCGAUCCUACUUUGCUCUUCCCCCUGAUUACAAAGAUUUCGCACCCCUACCUCGCCCUCUCGACCGCUUUGGGUUCCCUCCCGGUCCAGGCCGCCAUCCUGAUUUCCAGAAUCCAAUGGAAGUCGCCUUGGGGAAGAGAAAGUACGGCGAGGAUGGUAGGGAUGAAUUUGCCAAACAAAGGGAGCACCUUUUGCGUAAUGCCAAUGGGUUUGCUAAUAGGGUUCCUGGUGGUGGUGAGUUUCCUCCGGGUCCUAGUGGUCCCAUUAAGAGAGAUAUGAUGGAACCUGUUGAUUUGAGACCUUCUAAGCACUUAAGGGUUGAUGGGGUUGGUAGUGCUAAUAAUUCUAAUGCUAAUGCUAGACAUGUGCAGAUUGAUCAGAGUGCUGUCAAGAAAGCCUUUCUUCACCAUGUUAGGUUAAUCAAUGAUAAUCCUUUUUUGAAGAAGAAUUUGUUGGAGGAUGGGAAGCAAGGACGGUUUCAGUGUGUUGCUUGCGGCAGUGGCAAUAACAGGGUUGCUAAAGAUUUUUCAGAUAGACAUGCUCUCAUUAUGCACACUUAUUACUCAGAUAAUGCUGAUUUACGUGCUGAUCAUUUGGGAUUACACAAAGCUCUGUGUGUCAUAAUGGGUUGGAAUCAUUCAAAGCCUCCCGAUAACUCAAAGGCAUAUCAGUAUCUAUCUGCUGAUGAAGCAGAAGCAAAUCAGGAUGAUCUGAUCAUGUGGCCACCUUUGGUGAUCAUCCACAACACAAACACAGGAAAAAGUAGAGAUGGCAAAAUGGAGGGUUUGGGAAACAAAUGGAUGGAUGGUAAAAUUAGAGAGUUUGGAAUUGUGGGUGGCAAAUCAAAGGCAGUAUAUGGAAAAGAAGGCCAUUUGGGCAUAACACUUGUUAAAUUUAAUGGGGACAAAUCAGGCUUGGAGGCAGCCAUCCGGCUUUCUGAACACUUUAAGAAGGAAAAUCAUGGGCGCAAAGAUUGGGCUCGUGUGCAGGCCCAAACAUUAGGAAAGGACAAUGAGAACAAUCCAAACCUUGUGAAGGUUGAUGAAAGAAAAGGAGAGAAAAUGAGGAUCUUGUAUGGCUAUCUAGGAACUGCUUUUGAUCUCGACAAACUUGAUUUGGACACAAGGAAGAAGGUAGUCUUAGAGAGCCGGAGAGAAUACAAACCUUCCAUGUAGUUUCUGGACUAUACAACAUGGAAUGAUUGGUGGGAUUAUUGUGGAUGAAAUCAUUCCUGUUGCAUUAAUAGUCCUAAUUUAUGAAGAUGGUGACUCUUUCUCAUUAUGUUGUGAGCGUUUCAAUGUACAAUAGGCUUAAUGUACACUAGGAGGCAACUUUGCCAAUAAUAAUUAUUCUAAUUUUCUUUAUUCAUCUUGAUUUUUCCUGUUGUAGUUAACAGUAGAAAUUAGGAAAACUUGUUUUCUUUACAGCCAUCUCACAACCUGGAAAGCAUUAAUUUUCUUUUUUACUUUAAAAGUCUUGGCUGUGUCCUUGCUUUUCCCCUUGUAGAGUGUGGGAUGUUUGUGUACAAUUGAUCUUUAUUUUCCUUUUGUGUUGCAGUGGCAGAGAAUGAAAAUUUGUACUACUGUUUCCUGCAAACCGUAUCAAUCAAUCUCUAGGCAGUUAAUGA